AUGGCGCUGCUGCCGGCGGAGGCCCUGGCGAGGAUGGAAUGCGUGUGCGCUGGCCUCCGGAGCCUGUCCGCCUCCAGCAAUCAGCUGUGGGAGGCCAAAUACUGCGAGGUGUUCGGCAAGGUCGUCGUGGUGGCGGAAGCAGGGUCGAGUUCUUUUGUGGAGAAGAAUUGGAGGAAGCGGUUCGCCAGGAGAGCGGAGAAGAAGAGGAAGCUUGCCAAAGAGCAAGAGGAGAAGACGGGUUUGCUUCUUGGGAAGCGUGCGAGAUGGAUGAGAGAUUAUUAUAUCAAGUCGAAGCGAGGGGUGAGGGGAUAUUAA